CCCAACCCUAACAACCACCCCCCAAAAAUGGCCAUCCACGACCCAGUAACCUACAGCGUAGGCCCCUACACUAAACUCCACCUCAACAAGCUAUCAGCCACGACCCCAGCCCGCAUAUCAAGCUACAACAAGCACCUCUGGGCGUGGGUUCCCGCCAAGGGCCUCUUCAACAACAUGGGCCACCUGACCAACGUCAUGUCGAUAAUGAUCUACAACGGGCUGGGCGAGUUCAUGGACGAGCGUGAUGAGGAGCACCACGGCGGCGUGUGGUUCUCGUUUUGGGUGCAGGGGUCGGAGGAUAGGCAUCGGCUGAAUACGAUUGCUGUUGCGGGCUUGAAUGAGUUGGCGAGGGAGGAGAGGGAGAGGGUGGAGAGGAGGUAAUCUUUUUUCUUUUCUUUUUAUCUUUAUUUUGAAUUGAAUUUGUACUGUAGACGUACUGUACUGGGUAAUGGUUUUGAAGUUCGGAAUUUGGAUGAUAGAUGAAGUUUGUUUCGUUCGAUAGAAAUAGAAAUUGGUAGAGGUAGUGAUUCUAUCACUCUAUCCUCAGGCAAC